CGUCGGCAAGUACCUGGCCGGCGGCGUGUGCAGCAUCUGCGGCGAGCACGUGCCAGAAAAGCUGCGCAAGCACGAGCGGCUGCACAACAUCACGCACACGUGCCCCAUCUGCAAGAAGGUGUUCACGCGCGAGGACGUGGUGCGGGGACACAUCAAGCGCGUGCACAUGAAGGAGCGGCCUCACGUCUGCGCCCAGUGCGGCAAGACGUUUGUCUCCGUCUACAGCCUGCAGCGACACGAGAUGAUCCACAACAACGAGUACCGUUUCUACUGCCAGGAGUGCGGCGACGGCUUCCGCCAGAAACAGCAGCUGACGGCGCAUAUGCGCCACAAACACGGCGUCGUCGACGUCGUGUUCGAGGACGUCCAGGUGAUGCCGGAGGGCUCGGCCGUGGUCGACGCCAUGGCCGUGAUGACUGACGGCGGCGUGUCGGUGUACCGCGGCGCCGUGCUCGAGCACGACCAGUACGACAAGGAGGAGUACGUCAUAGCCACCAGCAGCGCCGACGGCGACGACGACGGCGUGCGCUUCAGCGGCGUUUCCGACGCGGAGGACCACAUCUACCGCACAGCGCUGCCCCACGCGGCCGGUGAUGGCGUGCAUCUGGAGCACCAGUAACCGGCGUCGGAGGCUGGACCGGCCUCGAGAGCGGCGGCUGUGGUGAGCCGGGGAGCGAACCGACCCGCAGGAUCAGGUGGCGACGUCAGAGGCUGGACCGUCCCUGAGAGCGGCGGCUGUGGUGCGUCGGAGAGCGGACCGACCCGCAGGAUCAGGUGGCGACGUCAGAGGCGGGACCGGAGUGGGGGAGCGAGGAGCAUGGUCAGGUACGGGUGGGGUUCCAGUGGCGCGGCGCGGUGCAGCCCGGCGCGGCGUCAGUAACGGGGCUGGACGGAAGCUGCGGAGGAUGGCGACGGACGCUGGACUCGAGCUGGGAAAGCACCAGCCCUGCGCGGCCGGAAAACUGCGGUGAAGGCGCGCUCCAACCUGCCUCACUUGUGGCUAUCUGUCUGAACUGUCUGGUCGGCGGCGCCCUCUGGAAGCGAACGGCUGCCCGGUCUCGGCGGCUGUCCGGUCGUCUCAGCGGUGCUGGACGGCACUCCUGGUACCAAACAGCUGCGGGUGGGCGAUGCGCGGUCGUUUUUCAUCGGUGAUUGAGUGCUGGCUUCAUCGAGGAGGCCAGGUCUGGACGUGGGAGAAUUGUAGGCUCACGUGUGAUGUUCUUCCCGUGCAUUGAGCAAAGGGGUGUACGAUGGGGUGUGAAAGUUGGCGACGCGACUUCCGACAACUAUUUGGCUGUCUUCUUGACGACAUGCAAAGUUUCGAAUCUUUUCGUCCAUUUCCUCCUUCGCCCACGUUAUUUGGUUUGAACUUGCUUGUAUGUACUCGCUGUGCCAGCGUGCUGGGUGGCUUCAUAUGGAUCAUGAUGCGCACUUGAA